AUGGAUUCUUUAACCGAAGCCGAGGAUCCCUGCUCAUCGGCCAAAAUUUCAGACGGUGAAGUGCCUCACAAACCAUCCAGCGCCUGGCGCAUAUUGCCCAAGAUGAAGCGCAAAUUGAAUGAGCACGAUGUCCCGGAGCCUUCGAAGACGGGCAAGACGACAACGACGACGACUUCUACAAAGGCCUUCGCCAGCCUAGACAUCGAUCCCCGCCUCCUCCAAGCCAUCAGCAAGCAAAAGUUUACAACUCCAACGCCCGUACAGUCGCGAGCCAUCCCUCUAGCACUUACAGGCCAAGAUGUGCUCGCGCGUGCGAAGACAGGUUCCGGAAAGACACUGGCAUAUCUUCUUCCCACUGUGCAUGCCAUAUUACAGCGAAAAGCAGGCUCAAAAAAGUCCAAGACAACGUCAGUGCUGAUCCUGGUUCCAACGAAAGAGCUCGCGACCCAAGUCACCAACGCCGCGAAAGAUAUCACAUCCUUCUGUGCGAACGCGAUUCGGAUCGAGAAUAUCACGAGGAAUGAGGAUGCAAACGUGACAAGAGCAAGGUUGUCUGAGCAGCCGGAUAUCGUGAUCGCAACCCCAGGAAGAGCGAAUCAGUAUUACAACCAGGAAGUCCUGAAAUUAAACGCAUUAAAGCAUCUGAUCAUCGACGAGGCGGAUCUGAUACUGGGCUACGAAGAGAAUGAUGAUGUGCAAGCAAUUGCCGGCGCCUUGCCGGCUGGCGUACAGAAAAUGAUGGUUUCUGCUUCCCUCUCCGAUCAGUUGGACAAGUUGAGCCUGUUGUUCUUCCCCGAAGGCUCGCAGCAGCCUGAGAUCCUGGAUCUGAAGUCGGAAGAGGCGAAAGAGAAGCCGACUCUCGCACAGUACACUGUGAAGACUGCCGAAGAUGAGAAAUUUUUGUUGCUCUACGCAAUCUUCAAGCUGCAGCUCAUCAAGGGAAAAUUUAUCAUUUUCGUCGCAGAUAUCGAUCGCUGCUACCGCGUCAAGCUCUUUUUGGAGCAAUUUGGCAUUCGCAGUUGUGUGCUGAACUCAGAGCUCCCGGUCAACAGUCGGCUACACGUUGUGCAGGAAUUUAAUCGCGGUGUCUACAACACGAUAAUUGCUGCGGACGAGGCUGAAGUGAUUGGCAAUGAGGGCGGUAAGAGGAAGAAGCGGCGGGAGGCCGAGCAGGAAGACGAAGAGGUUGAGCAAGAGGCGGAGGCACAGGACGCUGAGAAAGAGAAUGGUGACUCAUCCACAUCACGGCCAGCGAAGAAGCAGCGAAAAUCGAGGAAUGAUCGCGAAUACGGUGUCUCCCGCGGCAUUGACUUCCAAAAUGUCACUUGUGUCCUCAACUUCGACCUACCACAAUCUAACAAGUCAUAUACGCAUCGGAUCGGCCGUACCGCAAGAGCAGGGCAGACAGGUAUGGCACUGAGCUUCUGGGUACCGAAAGAGUUGUAUCGCAAGCACAAGCCUACGAGUAUCGCCCAAUGUGAGAAGGAUGAGGAAGUCAUUACAAAGAUCGUGAAGAAGCAGGCUGAGAAGGGAGCUGAAGUGAAGGAGUGGGGACUUGAUUGGGCGAAGUUGGAAGGCUUUCGCUACCGACUGGCUGAUGCUCUGCGUGCAGUGACUCGAAUCGCUGUACGUGAGGCUCGCACGCAGGAGCUGAGGAACGAGCUCAUCAAGAGCGAGAAGCUGAAGAGACAUUUCGAGGAGAAUCCAGAGGACUUGAAGCAUUUGCGGCAUGAUACUGAGACGCAUGCUGUGAGGUCACAGCCUCAUCUGAAGCAUGUGCCGGAUUACCUCCUGCCACAAGGAGGUAAGCAAGCUGUCGCAAAGGAUGUAGGAUAUGUGGGCAUCAGAAAGGACAAGGAGAACAAGAUUCGGAAGGCGAGAGCAUUUAACAAGGCGAGAGGGAAGGGAAGGCUUGCGAAGGGCAAAGGACUGGAUCCGCUGAAGAGCUUUAAUGCCAGAGGAAGGGGGAAGAAGUAGGAUGCCAUUGCCAUAAGCAAAUGCGAGGCGAUUCGGCUUCAACUCUGCAAACUAGAAACUCGAAGCGCACCAGUUCUAUUG